AUGGACAAUAACCAGACCAACGCAUAUCAAAAUCCUCCCGGUCAUUGGGUCCGACCUCGAACAUUACCAUCGAUCACAGAAAUUCUCGGGUGCUGCCCGGACUACGGAGACCCCCAGCUGGCUUAUAGGAUCCUUGGCCUACAUUCGACGCAGCGAACACCGAUAACUCAUAGACCGGAUCCAGUGGACUUUACAACGUGGUGCAACACAGUGGCUCAGUCAAUCUACGAAUCGGCGGAAUUCUCGAAACCGGGCUCCGUUCAGCAACGACGCUUCCUCGAGGCGAACAGACGGUUUCUGUCGGCGAUACACAGUCUGGCGGGCAUACGGCGGCCCGAACACGAAGACUGGAGACCGGAUAAGAAGAUUCAGAUCGCCCCCUGGAGCAACGCUGGCAGAUGCGAUGACGCUCCGCUUGAUCUGGAGGCGUCCAGCUGGGACUACAUGGUUGUGGUUCCGCUACCGUACAAUGAUUUCCAGCAGACUUACGGAUCGAUCAAAGUGGCAAAAAGGGAACAGAUGGAGCGAGACAAGGAGAGGAAACGAAGAGCAUGGCUGGCAACAAGGCAUAUGAUCGCCGAUGCGGAAGAACGAGAGCUGCACGACUUAAGGGACGUUUUUUCCUGCUAUGGCUUCUGUGCCGAACCUGUAUUUCGAUUCCCUCAGGAUAAGCUAGCUAACCAGAAGCGGGCUCUUAGCCACACCUUUUACGCCGGCCCGGUUCCAAGAGACGAGAAUAGCUUUUGGUACGCACUCGCGAUCCUCGUCGAGGACGAUCCAGUUGAUGCGAAGUGGAUCAAGGGAAAAGUUGCCGAAUGGUUCUACGAGAAUCUAACAAAUCCAUCGUCAGAGAGAUACCGAAUGUAUCAUCACUUACUCUCAGACUCGGUGGAUAGUGUGGACCCGGACGACACGGAUGAUUGGGGUGCGCUCGACAUCCUCCGUUGUUUGAAUAGAAACGAAGUGAUGGCGGGAAUGCCGAGGGAAGCUGGGUUCCACGAGAUGCUUCAUCUCGUGGCGGACUACUUUGACACUGAAGUUAUCACAUUCACCCGUCCCUCAUAUCCAAGUACAUACAACACUGAUAACCAGGGUAUGAAGCAGUGGCUACAGAGACACCCAUAUGGCAUGAGGGUGUACGGGAAGCAGUCGUCUCAGGAAAACUACCGGCUGUGGAGGUUCCAGGACAGAAAGCAGAUCCUUCUCGUGACAGAUCCUGAGCUGCGGUACUUCCAACCCGUCGUGCGCGUGACACCCGAACUGCCCCGGUACGAGGCCGGCGACAGGUCGUUUCACGGGCACUACAUCAGCACGGUGUCGUUCGAUGUCUGGGACCGCCACAUGCCGAUGCCAUGGUGGCCCGGGUUCCAGUGGGACGCCCAGAGCGACAAAUGGACUGGGGACUGGGAGCACGACCACCUGCGCAGUGCCAUUUCUGUGCAUCAGAAGCUGGAAAUGAAGCCGAGCGACAUCACGACUGGCGUGAUCAUGCACUCGGUCAACCACAGCCAACUGAUGGGGCCGUACUUCAAGUUCGAGCCGCACAACGUGGCUCCCGCUCUCAGACCAUUGUACAACCUGAGGACCUCGUACGUUGGCGACGCGGACUCUAACAGGAAGGCCUUGGUGCGGUGGAACAAAGCAUCGCGGCUCAGGUGGACGUCUGCGAAACCCCAAGCCGGUCACCCAUUGGAUCCUCCGCCGGCCGUCCGGGACUUCGAUGCCCGGAUCGGCUCGGAUCGGCUUCUUCCCCGGUUUCCAUCCAAGAGAGAGUGGAAUGCAAUGGCGAGCGGAGGCCGAGACUAUCUACACCAACACUACAUGGGACGUCACGAGAGUGGUGGAUGGCUGAGGUUAGAAGCAACGGAAACGGAGAAUAGGCGUCCGGAUUGGCAUGAUAACAAGAGGAGAAGGAAAGUGGCGGGCAGCACUUAG